CAAAUUUAAAGAACCAGUAAAAAGGAAGGAAGGGCUUGAAGGAUGGGGUCAAUUUUUUUUUAAAGGGGUCAGUUUUAAUUUGAUGAGUUUAAUAAGCCUAUUAAACAAAACCUAUUAUCUAGGGUCUAGAUCAAAUUAGCAGUUUGGGAGACCUAAUUAAAUCUAUUUCUUAAUGAACCUGAUUUUAAUUAUCAGACAGAUCCAUUAACUAAAUGCAGUGUGAACUCCAGACCCUCAGCUUCAGCAUCAGCUGGGAUCUGGGGCAAAUUCCCAAGACCCACUCCAGACCCAGUGAAUAAAGAAGGCUGGGAGUGGGGACUUGGAAUCUGUCUUAACAAUCACUCCAGGUGGUGCCAGUGUGCCCUCAAGUUUGAGAAUCACUGACAUAGAAGCAUGACUGGUAAAUUUCAUUAACUAAUGAAUUUAAUCAAGGAUUUUAGUAAUUGGUUUAAUUCAUCAAUUUAAAUGAGUUAAACAGUGAUCUCAAUCAAUUAUAGCCAUGUCUUCACCUGGAGAUUUAAUUAGUUAAUACUCUUUAACAACAACAAUAACAACAAAAAUUAGCAAAAGUGGUCUACUACUGAAUGCUGUUAGUACUAAAAUAAUACUUGGAAUAAUGUAAUUAAUGAUAUUAUUUAACUAGGCAGCCACGUUCAUUAAUGAGCUUCAAUUUCACUGUGACAGGUUAAGUUUCAGCAAAAUGUUACUAGUGAAUGUAACUGGAGAAUGAUGGGAGAGGGUGAGAGUUGGUAUGGGAAAGAAUUUGAAAAACUAUUUAAUAAGCAAUGUUAAGAAAUUAUGUUGGUAAAGAGAAAAGGGUUUUAAUGAGGCAUCUAAGGACUUGUCCCUCUGGGCCCUUAAUGGGUAGGGGUACAGCUGGGGUAUUCUACUGCAAGCUCUCUUGUCUUUUGGAGUUUUGUUUGUUUUGUUUUAGCAGGGAGGUAAUUAGGCUUAUUGUUUAUUUUUUUAAAUGGAGGUACUGGGGACUGAACCCAGGACCUCGUGCAUACUGAGCACUCACUUUACCACUGAACUAUACCCUCUCCCACUCUUGUCUUUUAUCUUUGGAGUAGCUAGGGGGUUGUUUCUCUGGGUCUUCUCUCUGCCCCCAGGAUCCUGUGUUCUUUGGGUGUCCCAGCUCCCUGAGAUCCACACCCAGGAGGGCCCCCCUGCCUCCCUACCCUGUUCCUUCAAUGCCAGCCAAGGGAGAAUGGCCACUGGGUCUGUCACAUGGUACCAGGACAAAGUGGCCCCAGGGAAGAAGGUGAGAAAUGGGACCCCAGAGUUCAGGGGCCAUCUGGCCCCUCUUGCCUCUUCCUGCUUCCUCAGUGCCCACCAGGCUGAGCUGAACAUCUGGGACACCUGAGACCAUGAUGCCAGAGUCAGCACAUGCCAGAUGGAGGUACUGGGCCUGGGUGUUGGAACAGGGAAUGGGACUCUGCUGCUGAUGGAGAAAGAUGAGUUGCUGAGAAGACCCCCUCUACUAGUGGCCGGCACAGCCCUCCUCUUUCGGGAUGGAUUCUAUGCCUUCCGCUUUCUCUCUGUGGCCAUGGGCAGUACCAUCUAUUAUUAGGGCAAAUGCCACUGUCACCUGGGAACACACUGCCCCUCCCUGGAUGGCCUCUGAUAAGUGAUUCCAGACCCCAAUAAUCCCAGUGUUCUUCAAGAGACCCCAAUAAAUCCCUCUCUGCCUCACCAUUAG